AUGAAAUUAGAAGAAGAAGCGGACGAAGACGACACAAUGCUCUAUUAUUUGAUCGAGAAGGCGUUGGAUUCGGAUGCGAUCGUCCCGCUCGACGAACUCUGGGUAGAGUACAAAGAGAAGACGGAGACCAGUUUGGCCGUCGACGAUCUCAUUCACAGAUUCCGAUGCCACGUGGCGCCGAGAAUUCAUUCGAUGCAGGAGCUCGAGCCGGAAACAAGAGUUCGAAUGCUGUUCGUCACAAGAACACCGAUCGAUGAGCACUUUUUGGAGGAACUGAGAGCAGAAGCGGGAGCGGUGAUCGAGCUGGACGCGAGCGGAUCCCUUUUGAAAUACGAAAAAGAGGGUUUGGAGUUGAAGGCGCCAGUCGAAAGCGAAAUCGAGGAUAUGAAAAUGUUAAAGUUUCUGGCACAGAGGGCCCAGGAGACAGAAUGCCUGUUGAAAAUGCGUGAUGUCUGGCGAGAAUACAUCGGAGAGAACGGAAGAUUGACGGAGAGGAGUCUGAGGAAGCGGUGGGAUGAAAUCAGAAUUCUAAUUAACAAAAUUAUGAUCCGUUUCAGAUUCACGGAAAUCCUAGCUCCGAGGAUCCACUCGAUGAACGAAUUCAGUGUGGAGACCCGAGUUCGAAUGCUUUUCUGCUCGUACUCUCCGAUCGGCUCAAAGUUCUUGCAAGUGCUCAAAGAGCGAGCCGACGUGGUUCUGGAGGAGAAGCGACGAAUAGUUUGGUACCGGGAAUUCGCGCAGGACGGUCUGAAACUGUCCAUUCCGGGCCAGUAUCACAGCCGGCAGGAGGACGAGCACAUGCUUCAGUACCUGGCGGCGAAGGCGCGCAAAACGAGGAAACCGAUGAGUAUGAAAGUGAUGUGGGGACAGUACACACUCAACGGAUUCUCGCAUCGCACAACCACCAACCUCCGCUUCCAGUUCGUCUUUUUCAGUCUGAUCUUUCAAACAACUGUUUUGUGAAAUUUCACUUUUAAGAGAGGAAGGCCACUCUCAAAAUUUUCCAGCAGAAUAUCGCGACUUCUGACAGUGUUGAGAACGGUCAAAGUUGAAAUAAAAACAGAUUAUAUAAUUUCAGUUUCCGGCAGUACCUGGCCCCGAACAUCCACCAAAUGGCCGAGUUUGACGUGCAGACCCGGGCGCUGAUGCUGCUCGCCUCGAGCACGCCGGUCGAUGCGCACUUUUUGAGAUAUUUGAAAAGUCAGGCGGAGGUGAAAGUGGACAUCACUCGGAGGAUCAUAAAGUUAGGUACCGCAACGGGUUUCGCAAAACUCAAAAUGUCUAUAAAAUUUUUGUUGGAAUGUGUUCCCCUACUCUAUAUGAGUACGCUCCCAAUUUUUUUUUCCAAAAUUUUCGGUACAUCCCGAGUUACACCCGUUCAAAGUUGCCCUGUUUUCUCCCGGGUCGGCGGCAGGGGAGGGGCGUGGCCUCGCUUGCAAGUUUGCCGCACGCGUUUUUUCUCAUUAUCUGGUGGACCAAACCAAAGAGUCAACAUUUUAAAUGAACAGAAAUGAUGUUCUAAAAAAGCAAAACCACUUUUGAGGUCAAAAGUUUCGAACCCGACACCUCAAAAUAGCCGAGCGAGCACUCUGCCACUGCGCCAUCCAGGUGGAGGCGCGCCCACCGUCAAUCGCGUUGAAAAGCUCGGUGUGCGCGGCCCCUUACAGGGGUGAAGUUAGUGCAUUUUCGCGCUGAAAUUCGAAACAUAUCUGACUGUAACUUUUUUCGGCAACGUGGAAAAUUUUUAUGCUAAACGGAAUGUUGUUGAGAAUUUCACGCAGAAUCCGAUUCCGUAAAAAUUAGCCGUGUGAACGGUACCUGUGACCCUCAAAUCCUCGAAAAACUAAAAUUUCGGCUGAAUAGGCUUUACUCAAUCGAACACAAAAAUGCUCCUAGGGUGUCUAGAGCUCUCAAAAUUUAUAUUUGGGUUCUCAGAGAGUGUAUCUAUAGAUUCCAAAAAUAAAAAAAAGGGGUCAUCGCUGAAAAUUUUCCGCUAACUUUUCUGGCAGUUUGAGGAUCUGUAAAAAAUUUCGGCAACGUGGAAAUCUAAAUUUUACUUCAAAAACGGAUUCCCCAUCCCUUAAACUAUCGGAAUCACUUGAAAAUAGGCGUGUGAUCCCAUAAACUUGGCCACACAGGCUCUCAGACUGACUUCCAUUUUCGUUUUCGCCGUUUUUUGGAAAAACGGUGCGUUUUCACGGGAAACUGAGUUGUUCAUUGGAUUCAGCAUGGUCGAUUACAUAAAGUAAACCGUUUUGGGUAUGGUACUUCAUUUGGGGACCUCGGUACAGACCGUCAAACACGCGCGCGCGAAAAUCGGGAGAAAAUUCGUCAGGCCACGCCCCCUUUGUUGCGCCCCCUACAUAAAGUAUAGAGAAAAGGAGAACGGCCCGAGUGCGAAAAGAGCGAAAACUGAAGAGCCGGAUCAAUAGAUUUUGAACUUUUCUAUCCUAAUAAAGCAUCCAUUGAUAGUUUUGUAGUGUUUCCAAAGUUCAAAGGUCGAACACCCAUUACUCGUACCUUUUGUAAACUAAUUGAGCGCCCUAAACAUUCAAUUUUAAGAAGACGCUGAUAUAAUCGACUUUGUGGCCGAAAAAGCAAAAGCGGCGAUUUUUUUCUGCAGGUAUCGCUAUUUAGUCGAGUUUUACAAAUAAAUCAAGAAAUAUUCAUAUCACUUCUUGUUGUGUACAACGUCAAUUUUUCGGCGAAAAUCGCCCGAGGCCCGAGAAGUGGCGAUUUCGGGGAGACGGCCGAAGUUUUGCGCGUGGAGUUUUCUAGGUCAUUUGCGAAUAAAACUGCAGUUUUACUGGCGGUCACCACGAAAAUCAAGCGAAAAAGGUGAAAAAAAAGGAAAAUUGACCUGACCCGGAGCCAAAUGACGUGGCAAGUGACUCGAAAAUAAUGGGAGCCGGGAGAACUUGUUAUUUUUUGAGUAAAAGUCGUCGCCGAGAGGCGCGUCUGUGAGAACGAUGUCGUUGAACGAUGAGCCCGACGAGAACAAUCACAUUUUCUACGAUCCGGUCACCGUUUUGAGGCCAAUUUCGCGAGCAACUGGAAUUAGUUUGGAUCAGGUGCGGGUUUCGGUGGAUUUCUGGCGAAAAUAGAUAAUUGGCAGCUAAAUUUUGUCGUCGUUCUGUUCGUCUCGUUCGGCCUCGGCUUCUGCUACCGCCUGCAGUUGCACGAUGCGAGCCGGAGCACACGGGCGGCCGUCACCACCGUCAUCGGCUUGCUUAUGUGCUAUUUUUGCUAUGGAAAGUAGGAUUUUUCCAAAAAGAGCCAUUUCAAGCUGAAAAUUAAAAUUUCAGCGCCAUCGCUCAUUUGCUCAUCAACGCCUUCGGCAGCUAUCUUCUGAUUCUCGCCGUCAAUCCGAAACACGUUCACAAGUACGAUUUUGCCAAAAAAAGGCACAAUUUUAACAGCAAAAAAAACACCGAUUUCAGAGCAGUUUUCGCUUUUUCGAUGGGAUAUCUGAUUCUGAUUCACGCGUAUCGUUGGAUGUAUCAGAAGACGUACUGUUUGGAUGUGACCGGAAGUAUGAUGGUCGCCGUCGGAAAGGUUAAUUUUAUACAAAAAUUCAAAAACAAUUGCGGUAGUAUUCGAUUUUUUGGAGAGAACCCAAAAUUACGCGAAGACGGCAAAAACCAUAGCAAAAAGUAUAACUAAUUUUUUUGCAAGCGAAACAAACAUUUUGACUCAAAAAUUACAAACUUCUGCAUUCAUGUCGUCAACAAACCGAAUUUUACGACAUUUUGCACCAAAACAAUCCAUUUUGCACUUUCAGAUCACUCUUCUCGCCUCGGCGGUGCACGAUGGAAUGGGAAGAGAGGAAGCGGAGCUGACUGGCGGCCAGAAGAGGGACGCCGUCAAAGAGAUUCCGAGUCUGCUCGAUUUCGCCUCGUACAUGUUCAACUUCCAGGUAUUUUUUCUCGCGAAAAUGCGACCCGCAGCAAAAUUUCGAUUUAUAGAGUGUAAUCGUGGGGCCGAUGAAUCACUACUCGACGUGGUCAGGAUUUCUGGAUUUGGAACAUGUGCCGAAGAAUGAGAAAACCGGAAAACCGUACGAUCCGACGGGAACGGCGAUGCGCAAAUUCGAAAUCGCACUAGGAUUCUCGCUCGUCUACUCGCUGCUCGCGCCGUAUCUUCCGAUGAGUCUGACGGCGGAUCCGGAAGUGAACGAACGCAAUCUGCUCGUUUGGUGGAUCAUUUCGGCGGUCGCCUCCACCGUUCACAGACUGCCGUACUACUUUGCGUGGACCAUCAGUGAGGAGUGCAUUUGCAAAGAUUUUCAAUGAGAAGAAUGAGUUUAGCCGACGCGGUAUGCAACGUUUCGGGCUUUGGAUUCGACGGAUUGGACAACGAGACGUUGGAGCCGAAGUGGUCGAAAACGACGAACGUGAAGCCGUUGAGGGUAGAGGUAAUCGAACUCAUUUCUUUGAAGCUACAGUAGUUUUGGAGUCAAUUGACGUUGCUCCUCUAUUGAGGCAGAAUUUAGAGGCAUGUUGAUAGUCUUUUGAUAGAAAAGUAAGAACGCUCAAAGAUACCGUAGCUACAAAAGCAAUUUUUGUUCAGUUUGGACAAAACUACAAAGAGAUGGUGGACAACUGGAACAUUUGGACGGUGGCGUGGCUGCGUCGAGUAGUGUACGAGCGCGUGGACGGUCCCUACCGUACCCUGGCAGUGUACGUAACGGGUGCCGCGUGGCACGGACUCGCCGUUGGUUACUACCUCUCGUUCCUCUCGAGCGCCCUCUUCACACUCUCGGCCGCUACGGUAUCAUCAACUAAACUUUGCCUGUUUUAUCGUCAUCCCUCUCCUUGCAGUUCCGACGCUGUAUGCGUCACCGUUUCCUGGACAAUCCGAUGCACAAACUCGUGUACGAUAUAGUUGGAAUGGCGGCGUCGAAGUUUCUGAUCGGCUACAUCCACUGGCCGUUCUACGUGAUGCACUUUUGGCCGAGCAUCUUCGUCUACAGAAAACUCUACCUCGCGCCUCAUUUCAUCGCCCUCUUUAUCUACUUUUAUCUGCCGCAAAUCUUUCCGCCGCAGCCGAAAGCGAGCAAGAGCGGAACGACGAUCAUCACGGAAAAGUCGGAGAUGUCGUCGAGAAGGAACAGCAGCACAAGCACCGCAAUCGAAUCGGAGACGACGAAGCAGAAGCAGAAGAGGCAGGAGUGA